AUACUUGAUAAGUCUCCUCAUACACCUUAUUAGACUAUCUCUGACUCACUUUCCUAAACACACAAGACAACCUUAACCUUAACCUUUGCAGCCACAAUGGCCGGCGAACUCGCCGGAGACCACACGCCAGAGCUCCUCUGUCUGGUCCACGACAUCUCCGGAAUGUGCGUCGGCUCCUCCUCCGCUGCACCCAUUCCCACCGACGCCAUGUUCCGCAAGGACUGUACCGAUCUAGUUCGCCGGAUCUCCCUCCUCACCCACUUGUUCGAGGAGAUUAGAGAACUCAACAGCAACAAUGUUGUCGCUUCCGCUUCCUCGUCUUCUUCCUCCUCUUCCGCCGCAUCUUGGUCCUCUGAUCUUCUCUUCGCUCUUCAGUCUGCAAGAAGUUUGCUUUCCGUCGCCAGAAACUUCCGUUCCAAUUGCUCCUCUGAUGGAGCUGCAAAGACCAUUGUCUUCCAAUUUCAGUGUGUGACGUGGAAAUUGGAGAAACUGUUGAGUGAUUUGCCGUAUGACAAUUUGGACAUCUCAGAGGAAGUCAAAGAACAGGUGGAUUUGGUAAGAACGCAAUUGAAACGAGCCUCAGAAAAAUAUGGGUUUAUGAUUUCAAAGAUGCCAUCUCAUGAAUUAUCCAAGCCGCUGACUGAAGAAAUUAGUCAGGUUCUUUCCAAAUCCGUGGGUGGAUUAUACAAACAACAUAGCUGUCCUGAAAAUUUAUCAGAACUAGACAGCAUUUCUAAAAGCAAUGGAGAGAAUAAUUGCAGCACAAAUCGACUUGGAUCUCUCUUGGAAAGAGCAAGGAGCAUCCCUGCAUCUUCUGAAGUUCUCUUUUCGAAUGAAUCUGAUCCUGAAAGUCAAGAAGUUUCUGAGACAAAAAGUCUACCUGAGGUUAAAAGGCCUGAAGCAAUUGUGAUUCCUGAAGAUUUUCUUUGUCCUAUUUCCUUAGAACUAAUGAGGGAUCCUGUUAUUGUGGCGACGGGUCAGACGUAUGAGAGAUCUUACAUACAGAGAUGGAUAGAUUGUGGAAAUACAACGUGUCCGAAAACUCAGCAGAAGCUCCAACAUUUGACACUCACACCAAAUUAUGUUUUAAGGAGCCUUAUUUCUCAGUGGUGUAUAGAGCACAACAUCGAGCAGCCAACAGGACUAACUAAUGGGAAAAUAAAGAAGAGUGACGGGUCAUUCAGAGACGUUACGGGUGACAUAGCAGCAAUUGAAGCUCUGGUGCGGAAGCUCUCCAGCCGGUCUGUUGAGGAGCGUAGAGCAGCUGUUACUGAAAUUCGAUCGCUGUCCAAACGAAGUACUGACAAUAGGAUACUAAUUGCUGAAGCUGGAGCCAUUCCAGUUCUAGUCAACCUUCUAACAUCAGAAGAUGUAUUGACGCAAGACAAUGCUGUUACUUCAAUUUUAAACCUUUCCAUUUAUGAAAAUAACAAAGGACUUAUAAUGCUUGCUGGUGCCAUUCCAUCCAUUGUCCAAGUCCUCCGUGCUGGAACCAUGGAAGCAAGAGAAAAUGCAGCAGCAACCCUCUUCAGCUUGUCACUUGCAGAUGAGAACAAAAUUAUAAUUGGCGCGUCAGGAGCCAUACCCGCUUUGGUAGAAUUGCUCCAAAACGGGAGUCCUAGAGGAAAGAAGGAUGCUGCAACAGCAUUAUUCAAUUUAUGCAUUUAUCAAGGGAACAAGGGCAGGGCCAUUAGGGCAGGGAUCAUCACAGCAUUGUUGAAAAUGCUUACAGAUUCAAGCAAAUCAAUGGUUGACGAAGCCCUAACAAUAAUGUCAGUUCUUGCCAGCCACCAAGAGGCAAAAAUUGCUAUAGUAAAAGCCAGCACUAUACCAGUUUUGAUAGAUCUUUUGAGGACCGGAUUGCCUCGCAAUAAAGAGAAUGCAGCAGCUAUUCUUCUCGCCUUGUGCAAGAGGGAUGCCGACAAUCUUGCUUGUAUAAGUAGACUUGGUGCCGUCAUACCUCUCUCUGAACUCGCUCGAACUGGUACAGAGAGGGCCAAACGGAAGGCUACUUCAUUACUGGAGCAUCUUCGUAAGUUGCAGCAACUUUAAAUGGCGUAGUUCUGCAAAGAACUUCAAGUUUGUUCUCAUUAUUUGACAUAAUUUUCCACACUGCGGUUUGCAAACUGGUCAUACGAGGUGAAGUAAGAAAGUCAGCCUCCUUGAUUCAGUUAUUCUUUUCUUGGUUUCUUCUUUUUUAACCCCUGUAUGAGCGUGUAAAGAAAUCAAUUGAUAUAUUGUUUACACAAGUUCCUGUUUACGUCUUUAUUAGUUUGUUGCCCUGUUGAAAUAGUUAACUGUAGCAUCUAGCCCUUGUUCUACCGAUUACAAACUUAAAUUAGACCGUGCCAGAAUCAAGGCAUUCUUUGAAUCUCAAUAAAUGUACUCAGAUUUAACAUCAAAUUUUUCCAGGUAGAAAA